AUGAGCAACAAUAUGGGAACAUUUAUAAUUACUAUUGUCACACAGAGUACAUUUGGGGACAAUGCAGCUAUUUUGGGUGGUAUCACAAAUGUCCUGAUUAGUGAUUCGCUUCCCACUGCAGGUGGUGCUACCUACGACUCCUUUGCGGAGCGGCAUAACGCGACAUGCCUCGCCAAUACGAGAACGGACCUCCUCAAUCAAAUCCAAGGCAGGCUCGAAUCGGAGAUGAGCGAGUUCAUCAUCAUUUGGCUUAAGGGGAUGGCGGGGACGGGGAAAUCGACCAUUGCUCGCACAAUAGCGAAAUGGCUACGCGAGGCAGGAGACCACAAUACGCUCAAUGUCAACUUCUUCUUCAAGGAGGGCGAUCGAGAUCGCGGACAUGCCCAACUCUUUUUUACAACCAUCGCAUUUCAGCUCAAAACAUUGGACAGCGAUCUUGGUAGCCUCAUCGACUCAGCCACCAAGGCAGACCCAGGCAUCCACCACAAGGGCCUGGAAGAGCAGUUCGACAAGCUCAUUAUGCAGCCCUUGCGUGCCGUCCAAAAGUCCAUGAUCAUCACCAUCGUUGUCGAUGCUUUGGAUGAGUGCGACGAUGGCAAUCUCAUCGUCACUUUGCUGGCGCAGCUGAGCGAGAUUCCCUCCCUCACUAUUCGCAUAUUUCUCACGAGCCGGCCUGAGGUGCCAUUUCGUCUUGUUUUCAAGAAACUUACCUGCCAGUACCAGGAUAUUAGCCUCCAUGAGAUCCCGCACUCUGUUAUUAAGCAGGACCUGACGACAUUCUUCAUUCACGCGCUGGGGGAAAUUAGAGACAAACAGAAUAACAUCCGUCUGCAUGAUGAUCAACUUCCGCCAGAUUGGCCUGGACCAGAGAAUAUCCGACUCUUGGUCGAGAUGGCUAGCCCUCUGUUCAUCUCUGCCUCGACCAUUUGUCGCUUCAUUGACUCCAAUAGUAUCCCUCCAGAGGAACAGCUCCAUAAGAUACUGGCGUGCCGGCACACUAUCCAGUUGGAGGGUGUUUAUGCGCCAAUUCUCAGCCAGUUGCUUUGUAAUGUGACAAAGAACGACCAGCGGGGUGUAGUAGAGAACUUCAAGAAAGUUGUUGGCUCCGUGGUGUCACUCUUUGAAACUCUAUCCGCAAACUCCCUUUCUGCACUCCUCGGGGUUCGUCGACGCAAGGUUGACCCAAUAUUGUGUCAGCUUCAUUCCGUGUUGAUUGUCCCUUCAGAUCCAGAUGCCCCGAUAGAGAUGCUGCACAAAUCAUUCCGCGAUUAUUUGUUUUCCAAAGGAAAGAGUGGGCAGAAACCACACCAGUUUUGGGUGGAUUCUCGAAAAUCUCACGAGAGAAUCGCCAGCCGCUGCCUGAAAAUUCUCGAAAACAGCCUGACGCGAAUCUUCUCCCGGCUGACAUCGCUUAGAACGUACUUGGGAGACAUCACAAAUGAAGUACGUGAUUUAAUCCCAUCUCACGUGCAAUAUGCCUGCCGGAAUUGGAUCUAUCAUCUGAAUCAUGCAAACUGGACACUUCGAAUUGAAGCACAAGUCGAGUCUUUUUUCGAGAAUCACUUUCUUCAUUGGGCCGAAACACUCCUCUUCAUUGAGUCACAUCGUCCACAGACAAUGGAGCAACUUGCAUAUGUGAGUUUGUCCUCCUAUUAG